AUGUGGAUGAACAUCCCUUUGAACGUAUCUGGUUGGGAGAAUGUUUCCCCCGCUUUAAGGAAUGUCACAGUCGUGCAUCUAAAGAAUAAGUUUGAUUUGGAUAAGCGUUCGGCGUCAAACAAAGGAGUCCGUGCACAACAAGUAGUUGUAAACAGAGGGGGGUCAUGCUCGUAUAGCAAUGCAUGUUUCAAAGAAGACAUCACUCGAAUUGAAGCAUUUCGUAAGGCUAAUACUGAUCGCCAAGGGGUAUUUAGUAGUCCUGCAGUCGAGCAACAAUACAAUGCAUUACUCCUUGAGAUCAGUCAACAAACUCAAGCUUCUUCACAAGCCAACGGAACAACCACUGACACAGCCACCGCCACAAUCACAGUUGGAAAUGCUUCAAACAAUGUUAAAAGAUCUGGAAUGUAUCGACAGAUCGAUAUCUGCUUUAAUUGGUUUAUCGAAAUAGCAGACUCAGAGGAUAUUCAAUCCUUUGUUUGUGACAAUGGAACUUGA